AUGGAGAUCAACCCUGCCAUUACUUUCCAGCAUGACCGAAAGGUGAUGCACGCCAAACGACCCAAGGUGCUCAUCGUUGGGGCCGGACUAGGUGGUCUUACCCUCGGAGCCAUCUUGCAAAAGUCGGACAUCCCCUACGAGAUCUUUGAGCGAGCCUCUCAGGUCAAGCCGCUUGGUUCUUGUGUCGCUCUCAACGCGACCGUUGCCCCAUUGAUGCGACAACUCGGAAUCUAUGAUGAGUUCGUGGCGAUGACCAAGGUCAUCCCAUCCAUCCAGAUUGGAAACGAAAACCGGGAAGUCGAGUUCGCUAUGACCGCCUACUUUGAGGAAGCGACAGAGAGAUUUGGCGCAGAGAGCCGUGUUAUCUCUCGACCGGCAUUGUACGACCUCUUCUUGAAGCAGGUCCCCAAGGAGCGCCUCCACAUGUCCAAGAAGGUCCUUACAACAAAGCAAGGCGGGAACGGGAUCCUUAUCCGCUGUAGCGACGGCACCGAAUAUGAGGGCGAUAUUCUUGUAGGAGCGGAUGGAGCACAUAGUGCUAUUCGACAGAACUUGUAUGCUGAGCUCAAAUCUCAGAACAAGCUAAUCCCCUCGGACGAUGCCGCCCUUCCUUUCAACACCAUUAGUCUUGUUGGACAAACGCGACCCUUGACGACGGAAGAGUUUCCCUUUCUCAAGAAGGAAGAGUGUCAAUUCGUUCGUAUUGUUGGAAAUGACAAACCUUUUGCUUGGUCAACAUUCACAACCAAGCAGCAGCGAAUUUGUUAUUCGGUUGUCCAGUUUCUUGACGAAGAAUCGUCUAAACUGCAUGACUCUUUCCGCAACUCCGAGUGGGGACCUGAAGCUGCUGGUGCUAUGUGUGACGAGGUGCGUCACUUCCCUGUUAUCUCUGGCGGCGAUAAGAUUACGACCAUUGGGGAUUUGAUCGAUUUGACACCCAAGGAGUACAUCUCGAAGGUUAUGCUGGAGGAGAAGGUCUUCCAGACCUGGUACGGCGGUCGUACUGUCUUGAUGGGCGAUGCAUGCCACAAACUGAGCCCUGCAGGAGGAGCAGGAGCAGGAAACGCCCUCCAAGAUGCUGUUGUGUUGGCCAACUACAUCAAUGCCCUCCCAUUGCACCCAGUCGUGGAGGAGAUUGAAGCAGCAUUCGAAGCAUACAAGACUGAUCGUAUCGAGUGGUGUGAGAAGGCGUAUGCCACCAGCAAGAUGCUCCAAAGUGUUGUCGACAAGGGUAUCAAACCGAUGCUUGUGCGGUUCAUGAUGAAGAACAUGCCAGAGUUCAUGAAGCGUCGGGCAGCAGAGCAGAUGUAUAGUUCCAGACCCCAGGUGGCCUUUCUGCCAUUGGACGAGACGCCGGCGUCGGUAAAGCCUACCCAUCAACGUAGUUUGAAUCUCAGGGCUCCAGUGGAGGAAGAAGUGGAGGCUCCUGCCAAGACUAUCUAA